CCUCCCGUGAAGCCCCGCGCGCGGAAGGACCGGAACUCCGGGCGGGUGGCUUGUUGAUAACAUGGCGGCAGCAGCUGCCGGGGCAUCCCGAGGAGGCUGCAGCGCCCACACCCGGAAGAAGGGGCUGUUUUCUGGCUAGUGCGGCGGCUCCUGCGGACCCGGAAGUCCCAGCCAGCUGCUGAAUGAGGGGAGCCGGGCCCUCCCCGCGACAGUCCCCCCGCGCCCUCCGCCCCGACCCGGGCCCCGCCAUGUCCUUCUUCCGGCGGAAAGUGAAAGGUAAAGAGCAAGAGAAGAGCUCAGACGUCAAGUCCAUCAAAGCUUCAGUAACAGUACAUUCCCCACAAAAAAGCACUAAAAAUCAUGCCUUGCUGGAAGCUGCAGGACCAAGUCAUGUUGCAAUCAAUGCCAUUUCUGCCAACAUGGAUUCCUUUUCAAGUAGCAGAACAGCAACACUUAAGAAGCAGCCAAGCCACAUGGAGGCUGCUCAUUUUGGGGACCUAGGCAGAUCCUGUCUGGACUAUCAAACUCAAGAGACCAAAUCCAGUCUUUCAAAGACCCUUGAACAAGUCUUGCGUGAUGCUAUUGUCCUCCCAUAUUUCCUUCAGUUUAUGGAACUUCGGAGAAUGGAGCACUUGGUGAAAUUUUGGUUGGAGGCUGAAAGUUUUUACUCUACAACUUGGUCCCGAAUAAGAGCACACAGUCUGAACACAGUGAAACAGAGUUCACUGGCUGAGCCUGUCUCUCCAUCUAAAAAGCAGGAAACGACAGCAUCUUUUGUAACUGAAUCUCUUGACAGGAGGUUGGGGGAUUCUAGUUCAGCCCCACUGCUUCUGACUCAACCAGAAGGAGUUGACCUGAGUAGUAGAACUCAGACCACUCAGACUCACUUGCUGCUCUCCCAGGAAUGCCACAGUGCCCACUCUCUCCAUCUUGAAAUGGCCAGAACAGGAACUCAUCAAAUCUCCACAGACUCCCGAGACUCCUCUUCCAGACUUCCAGUAGCCAGUAGAAGUAGUACCUCUUCUCCACUGAGAGAACUAUCAGAAAAACUAAUGAAAAGUAUAGAACAAGAUGCAGUGAAUACUUUUACCAAAUAUAUAUCUCCAGAUGCUGCUAAACCAAUACCAAUUACAGAAGCCAUGAGAAAUGACAUUAUAGCUAAAAUUUGUGGAGAAGAUGGACAGGUGGAUCCCAACUGUUUCGUUCUGGCACAGGCUGUAGUCUUUAGUGCAAUGGAGCAAGAGCACUUUAGUGAGUUUCUGCGAAGUCACCAUUUCUGUAAAUACCAGAUUGAAGUGCUCACCAGUGGGACUGUUUACCUGGCUGACAUCCUCUUCUGUGAGUCAGCCCUCUUUUAUUUCUCUGAGUACAUGGAAAAAGAAGAUGCAGUGAAUAUCUUACAAUUCUGGUUAGCAGCGGAUAAUUUCCAGUCUCAGCUUGCUGCCAAAAAGGGCCAGUAUGAUGGACAGGAGGCACAGAACGAUGCCAUGAUUUUAUAUGACAAGUACUUUUCCCUCCAAGCCACACACCCCCUUGGAUUUGAUGAUGUUGUACGAUUAGAAAUUGAAUCCAAUAUCUGCAGGGAAGGUGGGCCACUUCCUAACUGUUUCACAACUCCAUUACGUCAGGCCUGGACAACCAUGGAGAAGGUCUUUUUGCCUGGUUUUCUGUCCAGCAAUCUUUAUUACAAAUAUUUGAAUGACCUCAUCCAUUCAGUUCGAGGAGAUGAGUUUCUUGGAGGGAAUGUUUCACUGGCUACUCACAGCUCUGUCUGUCUUCCUGAGGAAUCUCACUCAGGUGGUUCAGAUGGCUCCAGUGCUCAGUCUAGUAUGAAAAAAGCCAGUAUUAAAAUUCUGAAAAAUUUUGAUGAAGCAAUAAUUGUGGAUGCUGCAAGUCUGGAUCCAGAAUCUUUAUAUCAACGGACAUACGCAGGGAAGAUGUCCUUUGGAAGAGUCAGUGACUUGGGGCAGUUCAUCCGAGAAUCUGAGCCUGAACCUGAUGUAAAGAAAUCAAAAGGAUUCAUGUUCUCACAAGCUAUGAAGAAGUGGGUGCAAGGGAAUACUGAUGAGGCCCAGGAGGAACUAGCUUGGAAGAUUGCUAAGAUGAUAGUAAGUGACGUUAUGCAGCAGGCACACUAUGAUCAACCAUUAGAGAAAUCUACAAAGCUGUGACUCAAAACGAGAGAUAAGAAAAUGUGAUUUUGAAAAAUAAGAACUUUUCCCUUUGGUUGGAUUCUUCAACACAGCCGAUGAAAAUGGAGCACUGCAUUUCUUUCCACUGCUAGAUCACUGUUGUUUCCAAGAAGGAAUGCAAGACAGUCCAAGAUCUGUUGUUAAAUGUAGACAUAGAUGCACAUGAUGGUAACACAGUGAGUCACAAGAUACAAAGUGGUAUUGGUGACAUUACUAGACAAUUCGUUUUCCAGUAGCUGUAACCCGCUAUGAGAGAGUUACCCACUGGAAUAGACAGGGACUACAUCCUGUGAGGCAGAGAAGCGUGAGUUGGUGUGUGGUCCACAUGCUUGCAGCCGACUCCAUCCUUAGCAGUAUCAGAAAGCACGAGACAGAGGUGCUUGUUUUUGUCCUAAAAUUCACAGGUGAGUCAGUCCUACCUGGAGCGUGCAGCUCCAAGUGGCGAUGUGGGCCAGCAGCUUGUGAAGCAGGUGACGAUCCCUUGUGUAGUCUUCCUUCACAGAGGCAUUCAUUUAGAGAGAAGCUGACAAGUCGUGGGUCAAGCCUCAGUGAUGUCAUCCUUCUCUUUGGUGACAGAACACAAUUUUCACAUUUCAUUCACUCCUGUGAUGUUGUUAUAUCCUUAAAGCUAGUUUCUCCUCUGCUAGCAAAAGGGCACAUUUAGCUUACUUUGAGCAUCAAGACCCAUUCCUCCAUAGGAAUGCCAUGCUCCAGAUACUUUAUUCCCUCUUCGGAAUACACAUGGGAAAAAAUUAAGUAUCACUCCAGUUUUUGCCAUGUGGUACUUGGAACACAUUCUCAGAUUUUAUUUUUCUAGUAAGGUGGGGGAAAGAAGUACUCACUUUGUAGUGUCUCCCCAGUUCUUCACUGUGAGUGGGAAAUGUGCAGUCGCCUUUUCUCUUUCUGUCUUCAGACAGUAGGAAACUCACUCACUGCCCUGCCGCUUAGUUGGCUCUGCACCUGUGGCUCUGCCGUUGGCUGGGCCACCCACUGGCAAGCACACUCCCCUGACCACAUGAUGCCGCCAGUGCUUCCUGUGUGUGAGUUUAGAGAGAACGGAAGUUUUCUUAGGUGUCGUUGCUUUUGCUCAGAGUGUGCAAAAGAAAAAAUAUAUAUAUAUAUAUAUAUAUAUGUGUGUGUGUGUGUGUAUAUAUAUAUAUAUUAUUAAUCACCUCUGUCCUUGGGAAAGUCUUGAAUGAAUAGAGAAUUUAUUUCAUUGCAAUAUUGAUUGUAUAGAGGCACACUGUUUAUCAACAGAAGAAGCAAAAAGGCUGUGUAUAAGUUUUUGGUACUAUGUACCAACUCUGUUAUUCUGAAGUAUUCAUGUACUUAAACCAUAUUCUAUUUAAUUGUGUUUGAUUUUAAAUAUAUAUAUAUGAAUUAUAUUUAAAAUGGUGUCAACUUCCUGCUUUCAGGGCAUUUAUGGCUCUUCUAUUGACCCUUCCUAAUAUUUCCAUUUGCUUUACAAAACCUCAGAAUAUGAUCCACUACUGGACAUAGUCUUAUAUUUGGAUGUAGGCAUAAGUGAAAGGUUUUUAUCAAUAUAUGUGCUGUGGUGGUUUAUUUUGUUCUUUUAGCAAAGUAUUUCUAUCCAUUUCACAUUGCUUCAAACUUUCAAGUGAAAAGCAAUAUAAAGGUCAUAGAGUAAAAUGUGAUUCUGGGUGACUCCUCCUGCCUCUGCAUGUUUUAGAGUAGAAAUUUCUGUGCUACUCUAAGCUAUUUAAACUAGCGGUUUUUGUUAAAAUACUUUCUAGUGGUUUCUUUGUAUGUAUUGUGUGCUUCUGAGCUAGAGAUGUCAGUAUUUAUAAGCUAUGUCUAAGGGGAAAUGAGCAAAAUUGAGAUUGGCUUUAUUUUCUGCUCUGUCUGUUGUGAGGUAUAGAAGCAGAGUGACCCAAUAUAUUGGACCAACUAUAUGUUAGAUCCUUAUUCUCAUUUUAAAAUUGGCAUAAGAUUGACCUAACAUUGAACACUCACCGGGUCCCAGGCUCUCUGCAAUGUAUCCACAAAAUGAUUCCCUGGCAGGGUUUUUAAGUCUAAAGAAGCAGGUGAAUGUCAGCAGGUUGUUAAAAGUCAGCUUAGCAGUGCGAGUGUGACAGCAUUAUAAUUGGGCUUUUCUUCAUCAUUCCUGUAGGAUAUGAUGAACGUGAAAAGCAGGCAUCAGCCAAGUCCAGUGAAGCAGUGAAACAGGAAACAGCCUUUUCUGCUUGGGUUCCAGUAUGCAUUAAGGCUUUCUGAGAUGUAAACUGUUUACACUACUAGAGCUUUUGACUUGUUCCGUAGAUACUUUAUGAGGAAAUCACUCUGAACUGUAGAAAAAUUACACACUUCAUUGCUGUUGUUUUCAGUUUUUUGAGACAAGGUUUCACUAUGUAGUCCAGGCUUCGGCCUCCCAAAAUUUGGAGAUUACAGGCCCAGCCUCCACACCAGACUUCUUUGCUGGUUGGUUUUAGUAUCAACAGCUAAGCAGCUGGUGUAGCAACUGUGUCUCUAAAGGCAUUGUGGAGACUGCCUGACUCAGCACCCCCAGUGGCUUUCUUGUCUCCUCCUCUUCACUCUUCUCCAGCAUGCUAGCUGGUCAAGCCGAGGUGAACUCAUUGAAAUGCCCCAAGAUGAUUCUGUGUCUUAAGGCUUUUGCAUGAAGGAGAUGUUGGUCACCACGAGGAAAGAUGACCUGGAGGCUGACUUAGAUGGGUACUUCACACGGCAGGAGUUGGCACUGGUGAACAAGCAGGAGGCUUUGCUAAACCUGGAGAUUCCCUGGUCUCUUCCUCCAGCCCUGUGUCCUUGCCUUGGUCUUCAUUCAUCCUUGGGGAUGCUUAGAGUGCAUCUGGAUUUUUCUUUAGCAUGAUGUGAAGUGACGUGUUACUACAUGCAACAGAAAGGCUCUUGAUUAAAGUACUACCACGGCUCUCUAAAUCAUAAUGACCAUGUGUUCAGCACGUUGCUAAUUACUGUGACAUUUUGGAGCAAAAUUUUUCUGUAGUAAGCCUUCCUUAGUCAUCUCGUGUAUACUGUCAAAAUGGAAUCCUAACCUCCUGGAACUAAGACACUCGAUCCUUUUAGUGAGAAGGUACUUGGGCCUUAGAAAGGCCCCUGGCUUGUUGCAGGAUGGUCCCCAUCAGAAGCCAUGCUUCCUUGGCCAGGGCCUCUUCAUGUGUCCCCAUACUCUGCCUGAGAAUAAGCUUGACUCACCACUCUUAGCUGUAUGCUAAGACCAGAAUUGGGAGGCGUUUCAACUAAUAUGUGCCCAGUACACACUUGAAGUAGAGUAGUGGCAACUCAAGAGAGCUGUAGGUGUUGGCCACACCUUUGACCUCCGGCUGGAGCCAUGAAGUAGUAAGUAAACUGCUUGCUAAAACCCUUCAAGGCUAAAUCUUGCGGGGAGGGGCGGGGGUCAUAUCACUAGGUAUCCUACCCUCUGAGUCCUUUCCAGGUGGGCACUAAGGAACUGCCCCUUUGCUUGGGCAGGGGUUGGAGUGGCUUAGAGUAGGAAGAAUGGUACUGUGCUCUGGACAGGGGGAAAGGCCAUAGAGGGCAUUUAAGGUACCUGUGUGAGCAAAGGUUCCAAGGGUGUCUGGUUAGGGAGGGCCUGCCUGGGUACACAGGAAGAUCAGUGUUCUUGCCUUGGCACUUUGUGCGUGUAUCCUUGGUUCAUUGUAAAGUGGCCUACUCUGAUACACUAUAAGGAUGCUGUAGAACUUGAACAGGAUGCAUUAAGCCCCUUGCCUAAAGGUGGUACAUUGACACCCAAGGAACCUGAGACUUGGGUAGGAGGGUGCAGAGAAACCUUGGAGUUGGUUAAAGAGCUGUUUCCCAAGGAUGAAUGAGAGGUGAGGAUUCCAACAACUGGCUUUUCUUCUGGUCUCAGGUUUCCAAGACCACUUUUUGAAUGUGCCUUCAGGCUGGUCCCUAAUAAUGAUCCCAAAUCGACCUCUGCCCGAAUCCUAGUGAGACAAGAGGCACCAGCCACCAUGUGUGCUGGCACCUGAAUCCCAGAACACAGGAGGCUCAGGCGCAAGGAUCACAAGUUUGAGGCCGGCUUUGAUAAGACUCAGUCACAAAACUGCAAACAGGUGCUGGAGAGAGUGCUCAGCAGUAUGCUGCUCUUGUCAAGUGACUCACAGCCACCAGCUCCAGGGGGAUCCCUCACAUCUAGCCCUCAUGUGCACCUACAUUCGCAUGCACAUAUCCACAUACAGAUAGACCUAUGUACACAUAAUGUAAAAUGAGAAUAGUUUAUAGAUGAAAGAAAUGCCUGCCUGAGACCCUUCAGACUGGAGUAGCUCUAAGUGGUAGUCACCGAAGCUCAGCAAAGAUACCCGGAUUUGAGCAGCUUUUGUUCCUCCUAAUGAACUACGAGUUUGGUGAGUGCUUACUCGGUAGAUACUAUUUAUAGUUCAGUGAGAGAGGAGAAAAUAAGAUUAACUUCCCUCGAGCUCAGAUUCUACUAAGAAGGAACCAGAAGUGGAAAGUUGCAUCAAAAACAUGCUGGCCUAGGGUGUUUCUCCCCACCCCACCCCACCCAGUGGUAGUAACCCGUACUUAGCAUAUAUGGGACUCUAGGUUUCAUCCCUAGCACCAAUAAAUAAAAUACAUACUAGUAUUUUUGACUUGGGUGGCUUUUUUGGAUCAAGAUUUAAUUCCUUUACCACCUAGAACCCUAUUGGGAGUCAACACUCUUCCAUACCUUCCCAAUUUCACCAUUACAUGAGGACCAGUCACUACACCACUCCAUUUACUUGCCAAAGGGAUAUACGUGUGGGCGCUUGAUCACAUGUUGAACAGGUUAUAAACAGCCUUAUGAACAGGACAAUGAACAGAGAGUGUAGGAUUGGCCUUGACCUCAAGGCUCUUUGCAGAACUUCGGGAUACAUUAAUUCUUAGAAUCUAGAAACGUGAAGACUAAUGUAAGUGUAUCACAUACACAUGAUGCAAAAUUAUGGACUUGGAGAAACCUAGCUGGGAAUCGAACUACUCCAUGAAGUGGUGGGCUUGGUGAAGCUUCUUUAUUGAUGGUAAUAAUAACUAGCAUAAUUGACCACUUAGAUGUGCUAAGCACUCUCUGAUCCUUAUCACAGUCUUACAAGGUAAGUACUUUUUUCUCUCUUACAUUAAUAAAUGAAACUAAAGCUGGAAGGAUAAAGGAGUCUCCAGGAUCACACAGCUAGAGACAAACCAGGUAGCCCUCUUCCCCACUGCUCUGACGGAUGCCAGCACUCAUCACUGACUAGUAUAGCAGAUGUCAAAGGUUAAAGAAGAACUGAAGCUGGGUGUGGUAGUACACAUAUGUAACCCCAGCUCUUAGGAGCUAGAAACAGGAAGAUCUAGAGUUAAAGGUCAUCCUCAGCUGUAUAGCAAGGGCAGUCUGGGCUGUGGAGCCCUUGUCUUAAGAAAAGGAAGGGAGGGACGGAAGGAAAAGGAUUCCAUCCACACCUUAAAGCACUGGGUUGUUUUGUUUUGUUUUUAUUGUCUUGAGGCAGUCUUAAACACAUCAGGCUGGCUUCCAGCUUCCUGUGUGGAAGAGGAUGACUUGGAACUCCUUAAUAUCCUCUUACCUCCCAAGACAGCACUACAGGCAUGUAAAAACACACAUUUAUGGAGUGCUAAUAAUCGAACUCAGGACUUUGGACAUGUUAGGCAAGGCUAUCCCGAGCCGAGCUGCAUGCCCAGCCUGAAAAGCACUAUUCUUAAGCUUUAGUGUGCACCUGAAUCCCCAGGAAGACUUGUUAGCACAUUGGCUGCCUUUUCUGACUAAACUUUCAGGUUUCUGAUUUAGUAGGUCUAGGUGGGACCUGAGAGUUUUCAUUCUCAGCAGAUUUUCAUUCCAGCUGCUGCUGCUAAGACUACAGUUUUGAGAAUCUCUGCCUUAAAAUCAUCACCACAGCUAGGGAAAUGAUUAUUUUCAUUCUGGUUUUUUGAAAGUAACAUGCUACCCAGAAAUGUAAUAUAAUUCCUACUCUUGACUCCCUGAGGAAGGCACCUAUCAUCUUUCGUUAGUGUCCAGAUGUUUAUCAAAGCCAAGAACAUCCAAACAUCAUUCCUCAGUCUUUCUUUCCUGUUUGUCUCUCAGCUCCUUGAUUCUGUCUGCCCUCUGAGAUCCUGCCAUGCUUCCUGGCCUGUUCUCCUGUGCUGACUGUCAUUCCAUAGACAGCUGGUGUCUCAUUUUCCCUUUCCUCCUGCUCUUCACCUCUUCUCCAGUUGUUUACCCUUGGGGCUAUUCUGGUUCCCAGCUGUUCAGCAGUUCCCUGGGCAGACUUCCUACAGUCUAGAAAACAAAUAUUGACAAUUCAGUAUAUGUUUUGAAAAAGGGAGGAGCCUGUUGGGGAUUUCUCUAUCUUUUCACUCAUAAACUUCUAACCAGCUCAGUCAUUCUCUAGAAUCUGCCCAUUCUGCACAUCGCUCUUUUAUUUGAUUCCAUUUUUCUCACAGUCCUGAUGUGCUUAGACAAUUCCCAACCCCCCUUACUGAACCAGGACUCAGCAUCAGCAUGCUGAACAUCCAUGAACACCUUUUCCUGAUUGGUGAGACAUCCACAUUGAGGCCCUUGCUGCUUGGGAGGCUGCCCUCUCUGCGAUCUGGCCAGCUCCAAGCUAUUGCAGAAUAGAGGGAAUGUCUCUCUCCCCUUCCCCAAAAAAGUUUUUGGUACACCAUUCCAAGCUUUCUUCACAACUUCAUUUACAUCUCAAGAAACAUCACAAUCUAUGACAGCCCAACAGUUUGGUCUCCACCUCUACCAUGCUCCUGUAACUAAGCCUGCCAUUUCCUGAAACUGUUCCACCUCUGGUGACUGCGUAUUUUUAGCCCACACUGGCCUCUGCAAGGCAAGUUCUAGGUUUUUCCUACAGGAAUGAAUUGGGAGGGGUGUUGUGUUUUUGUUUUUGUUUUGUUAUUUGUAAAGGCAGGGUAGAGAGACUUAUUCCAGAGAAACAUCCCUUCGCUACUCCAGGAGUACAUUUUCAAACCAACCUUUCAAAGAGCUAUUUCAAAAGCAAUAAGCAAGUGGUUUUGUGAUGAGGAUUACAAAGACCCUCAGGAUAAGUCCAGGGUGAAGAGGAGAGUUCUGAUGUGACAGCUUGGUCCAGACUUCAUGGAAGAGUGUCAGGCAUGUAUCUUUAAAGUGUUCUAUCUCCGAAUGACUUAGAUGCAAGCCACGGAGAUCUGCUUCAAGAAACUAGCUGCAACUAGGAAGACACUGGUGCAUAAGAUGCUUAUGGAGAUUUGAAGAGAAAUGUUAUUUAAUGUGAGAAUGGGGGGAAAGCAAUAUUUUGUAUUAUUGUAUUAUACAUAUUGUUAUUUUAAAAUAAGCAUGUAUAAUUAAAUAAAUUAGAUAUUAUAAAUAGA